AUGGGCGGCCACGGAACCGGAGGCAGUGACCAGGAGAAGGUCAAGGCACUGUUGGAGCUUGCCAAGUCACUCCAGGAACACAUGCCCUCCUUGAUCGAUGCUCCGUCCAUCAAUACCCUGUUGCAGAGGCUCUCGGAAGCGAUCCAGACUGCCAGUUGCGUUGUGCCAAAAUCGGCGCUGAAGAAACGCUCAGGGGUGGAGCUCGUGAGCCGCGCGAGAGAGCUGUUCAACCUCUGUAUCGCCACUCAACGCAGUCAAUCUACAGAUAUGCUCCCAAUCCGAGCGAAGCUACUGCUGCAAAGCCGUCUUUUGGCAUUUCUGAUGACGCAUCUGGCUCUCUGGACCGGGGAAGAAGGAUUAGACAUCGAGAUGGGGGAUGUCGAGUUGCUCUUCUCCAUGGCACUCAAGGUCGCGAGACUCUUCGUUGAUGACGAAGACUAUGUCAGCGCAGUCAUAGUUCUGCAGAAGGCAGCAGAAUAUACUUUGCUUUUUCCCAGGCUGCGUCCAAGCCUCAAUCCUGAAGAGCUCGGAUUGACUCACCGACUGGAAGCAGAAUAUCUGAUUCUCCGUACAGCUCUUGCCCUGAAGGAGUCUCGCAUCGACGUUGCCGAGCACAUGUAUGCCAAGGUUGAGCAGCUGCGAGCGUCUCUAGAUCCGACGUCAGCUGAAAACCUAGCUGAAGUUCUGUUUGACACUGGUAAACGCUAUUUGACCGACAAUCAGUUCUCCAUGGCAACCAGAUGGCUCGGUCGAGCGUAUGAAGCUAUCAACACUCCGGCUCUGGACAGGUUAUCCCGGCGAGCCGCCGAAUUACGCCUCAUUAUCGGGGGUGCUUUUGUCAACGCCCUUCUCAGCACGGAAGAGCCCCAAGAUUUCGAGACUGCAUCCAAUAUUGUCCAAAGCAUAUCCUCGGAGGUUGGCGAAACUCCCGUCGUGUUAGUCCUACGCCUUGAGGUUCUUCAACGAUCGAGACCGGGUGUGUUUGACAAGGAGGCUUACGCCACUUGCAUCCUUGGUCUAGUGCGGAGCUUCAACCACUCCGAGCCGUACUACAGAUUGAUCGAGAAGCACAUAUGGCAAUUGUUUCAGUUAGAUCAAGAGUUGGGAUGUGACAUCGCCGAUGAGUGGCUCAAAACUCGAAUCGCAAAUUGUGAGCGGGAUGCCUGGAUCGAACGGGCCUUCUUGCGACGACUUUCCAUGUCUGUUCGUCAGAUAUCUACGCCCACAGCAUUGGACUCUGUCACGAACGUCUUAGUUGAUGUUUGUGUCCUUCGGGGCCAACCACUGGAAGCCUCGACCGCCGCGGCUGCACAUAUCAUCAUCUGGCAGAAGAUCGAAACCGUGCUGGAGUCUGAUCAUGCAGAGGCCAGGAACGCGAUUGAGAAUAACGCUCCGAAAGAAGUGCUGCUCGACGUCAUAGGUCAUUACAUCGCCGAGCCUCCUGGUGAGCCGCUGGCAAAUUAUCUCAUUUUUAAAGCUGGGCUGCGAUAUCAAGUUCAUGGUUAUGUCAAGCAAGGCCUUGAGGGUCUCGCCAAGGCAGGUACGAAGGACCCGACGUUCUUAUACGCUUGCAUUCUUGAUGCACAGAAACAUGGUGAUGAUUUAUGCGCCAUGGGCGAUGAUGCGACCGCUACUUCGGGUCCCACGCCGAUGGUGGAGAGACAGCUGGUCGAAGAGCUCUGUCAGGCAUUUGAACACGCUGUGGAGGACAUCAAGCGCGCUCCAAAGGACUCUCAGGGUGGCCUGCUCUAUACCGUCAAAGAGCUCCACUGGUUCUGCAAGAACUCGUACAACCUCGGGAUCAGCCGCUUGGGUUCGUGGGAUCUCGACCACAUCAUACGAAUGAUGCAAGUUGGGCUCGCAGUGCGCGAGUACUAUCCAUCCGACAUCCCGACUCAAGAGGCCGAUGACGUUCGCCUCAGGUCUACACUUAGCCACUUUGUCGUCGCUUCAGCAAUGGUUUCGGUAGCCCGCACUCAAGAUGAUGUCGAGCGACAAUCGCAAGUGUAUAGCUCACUCAGGCAACAUGUGGUUGAAUUCGAUACUCAGAUUCAGGAACACGUGUGUCUCAACGAGAUGGAUAAGCUCACGUCAAAAGACCUAUAUCAGAAGUUUGCCAGCUUGCUGGUCUUUGAUCUCGAGGCAGCAGUUCAUCUUGAGCUAUUUGAUGAGCUGAGCGAAAUCGUGCACAAAGCUAAGCAAUGCGCCUCUGUCGAGACCUUCAAGUCCAUGGCGGAUUGUCUUCUCAGGGGGCACCUCCCCCCGCGAGACCUCUAUUCGGCGCUGAGACAGAUCAUCAACGAGAUCUGGAAUCUUGAACGGUUCGACCCGGCGACGCUGGCCAAAUACAUACGAUGUCUGUUCCAGGCCGUGCUCCCACUUGAGAGCGAACUGGGCAGACAGAUUUUGCAAGAGGCGAUCAGCAAAGCUAGAGCCUCGGCAGAGAGCGGCUUCUCCUUCCCGCCCGAGGAGGUCCAGUGGCUGGUGACGGUUGCUUGGAACCACGCUGUUGACUACUGGAGGCUCAGGAAUGACAAAGAAUGCAAGUUAUGGGCUCAGCUUGUCUUGGAGCUAGCGCAAUUUGCUGCGGAUGGCGGCCUCCUAAGUCAACAGAUUCAGGAGCACUGCGCAAAGCUUGAGCUCGACGCUGCGUGA